UCUGCUACCGCAACGAUGGUGGAAGCUAAAGUAUCUGUCCCCGCCAAAAAGACCGGCAUAAGGAAGGACAAAACCAAGAAAGAGCCCAAGGAUGCGUCUAAAAAUGUGAUGAGAGAAGUCAGAAUCCGCAAGCUCUGCCUGAACAUCUGUGUCGGUGAAUCUGGAGACAGACUGACCCGUGCUGCCAAGGUGUUGGAACAGUUGACCGGUCAACAGCCCGUUUUCUCAAAGGCCAGGUACACUGUACGUUCCUUCGGUAUCCGAAGAAACGAAAAGAUCGCUGUGCACUGCACUGUUCGUGGUGCCAAAGCUGAGGAAAUCCUCGAGCGUGGUUUAAAGGUACGUGAGUACGAGUUGAGAAAGGAAAACUUCUCAGGAACCGGUAACUUUGGUUUCGGUAUCCAGGAACACAUCGAUCUUGGAAUCAAGUACGAUCCCAGUAUCGGAAUUUACGGUCUUGACUUCUACGUUGUCCUCGGUCGUCCCGGCUUCAACGUCGCCCACAGAAGGAGAAAGACCGGAAAAGUUGGAUUCCAACAUCGUUUGACAAAAGAAGACGCGAUGAAGUGGUUCCAGCAGAAAUACGAUGGUAUAAUUAUAGCCAGCAAAAAGUAA